CCACAACCCGCGAACGAAAAGGCGACCAGUGGCACACACCGACUGUCUCUCCGCACACCUUCCACUGACACACGAACGAGUAGCGUGUCUCCUGCCGUUGUUGCUGACGACCAACCUUUCCUUUCAUACAAAUCACAUCAAUCGCAGUGACAGACAGACACAAUGGACGCGGGAAGUGCUGUCACAGGGUUCUUGAAGGCUGUGAAUCGAGCCUGCGCCACAGAGGAUGGCCCAGCGCUGGCCAGGCUGCUGUCACUGCGCGACGGGCACGUCCCGCACGUCUACCGCGGCGUGCCCGCGGUGAACGUGGAGGCGCUGGCAUCCAGCCUCAUCAAGGCAGAGCGACCCGUGGCUGCUGUGGCAGCAGCGCACCUGCGCGCCGCUUCAAAGCUCAUGACUGGAAACAUGGAAGACGCGUUCAACCACCAGUGCACGUGCUGCGACAAGCUCGCCGCAUACAUCAGCGAGGUUGAGGAAGGAAACUGGCAGCUGAAGGCCCUCAACAUUGUCAUGUUCGAGCUGCGGCAGCUCGCCAAGCUCGUGGACGAGAUGCUUGCGGGGCAAGACCAGCAGGUUGAGGCCAUCAGCAAGGCCACGCGCCUCUUCCAGGACUGCUUUCGCGCUGUGGGCAACGAUCGCCGUGCGGACAUUGCGCGGAGCAAGAAGGUUGGCAUGAUGUUCAUCGCAAAUCACAUGUUCAACCUCGCCUUCAGAGACAACAACUUUGCCUACGUCAACACCAUCAUCCGCACCAUGAACUCCAACAAACGCAUCGAGCACUAUCAACCCAUGUGCCAUCGAGUUACCUUCUACUAUUACAUGGGUCGCAAGGCGCUCCUGGACGCAGCAUACGGCGAGGCUCGCACAUACUUCGAAAAGGCGUUGCAGCAUUGCCACAAGGACAGCACCCGAAACCUUCGUCUCAUCCUCCUCAACUUGAUACCCGUGAACAUGCUUCUUGGGCGAAUGCCGACGCUGGAGCUGCUGCAAGAGCACGACCUGUUGCAGUUCCACGCGCUCACGCAGGCCCUCAAAGUUGGCGAUCUUCCGUCCCUCGACAAGGAGUUGGAAACGCACCAGGAGUUUUUCACAAAGUGGAACGUCUUCCUUGUCUUGCAGAAGCUGCAGCUGCUUGCGUACAGAAACCUCUUCAAGCGAGUACAUGCGUUGCAGCAAGGAAAGACGCAGAUUCACCUCCGUGUGUUUCACCAGGCCUUGCAGUGCAUUGGGAUGGAAGACGUGGACAUGGACGAGACAGAGUGCAUCAUGGCAAACCUGAUCCACCACCUCUACGUCCGUGGGUAUAUUUCGUUCCAGAAGAAGAUUGUUGUGUUCUCUGCUGAGCUUCCCUUCCCACCCGUUGGCUCGCGCGUGUGACGUUCUCCAAGAUGUCAGGGAGUGAUGAUGAUGGCCGUGGUGGCAGCGGCAGCGGUGGUGUUGCUGAAGGAAAUGAGGAGAGAAGGGCGGGCCAAGAGAGACGAGAGUACAGCUCAAGUCGGUGUGUGUGUGUGUUUGUUUUCUUACUCGUCUUGCGAUGUACGCACAAGCCUCAAGGUGGCCAUGACGAGAAUUGUCAAUGUCCUGUGUGAUAGAUGUGUGUCAAAGUGUGGGGUGCCUUGUUUGCUUGCCACUCUCAUCCCCCAAAUAAACGCAUCACCA